AUGUCUGACUUCUCUACAGAGCUCAAGCCAGCAGACCCGCAAGGUCCAAACGUCCUGAGCCAAGAAAGAGCACGUUCUGACAUUGAUAUCAACCAACUAGCACAACACUUAUUGCACAGAGGAGAUUUCCUGCAAAGGCAGAAGAAGAUUCUCAGCGUGAUCGAGAAACGUCCAUACUUCUGCAAAAAAAAUCAGCUCAAUCUUGCAAGGCCAGACAGAUAUCACCUUGGCUUGGCGAGAGCCAAAGAAUUGAGGCGAUUAUCCUUGGAACAUGGCUGGGACAUUGACGAUUAUAAGAUGGCUGACUACCUCGCGGAUGAAAUGGCGCCAUACGCUCUACAGACAGUCAUGUUCGCCACGUCGAUCCGAGAGCAGUGCAACGAGGAACAAAUGAAAUAUUGGCUACCAAAAGUGGAGAAUUGGGAGAUCAUCGGCUGUUAUGGUCAGACAGAGCUCGGACACGGCAGCAAUGUUAGAGGAAUAGAGUGCACAGCAACGUGGAACCAGGAGACGAAAGAUUUCACGAUUCACAGUCCCACCUUGACCGCAUCAAAAUGGUGGAAUGGCUCUCUGGGCCGUACUGCGAACCAUGCUAUUGUUGUCGCUCAGCUGAUGCUUCCUGAUGAGAAGACUGGAAAGCUCAAAUCUCAUGGUCCGCAUCAAUUCAUCGUUCAGAUUCGUGAUAUGAAAACUCAUAAACCACUGGAAGGCAUAGUCAUCGGCGAUAUUGGCCCCAAAUAUGGCUAUACAGCAAUGGAUAAUGGUUAUAUGCUAUUCAAGAAUUUCAGAGUCUCUCAUUCAGCACUACUGUCACGGUACUCAGGAGUAGAUUCGGAGUCUGGUAUGUACAUCAAACCUAAGAAUCAGGCACUUGUCUAUGGUUCUUUGACUUAUGUUCGUGCACAAAUUAUCAUGCAUGCACGUCUGGUACUGGCUAGAGCAUGCACAAUCGCCGUCCGCUACCUAUCAAUACGGCGACAGUUUGCAGACCGUGAUGCGAAAGAUGACGCUGCAGAAGUUGCUGUGCUGAAUUAUCCGACUGUCCAGAUACGAAUAUUGCCUCUGCUCGCCACUACAUACGCGCUCCAUUACACAGGAGAAGCUAUGUUCAACCUUUACUGGAACACUAGAGAAGAGAUUGAAAAAGGUGGAGAUACAUCGAGGCUUGCCGAGAUGCACGCUGCUUCUUCAGGACUCAAGUCUUGCUGCACAAUGUUGGCGGCAGAUGGUAUCGAGGUCUGCCGUCGAGCGAUGGGCGGUCAUGGCUUCGGCGGUGGAAGUGGCAUCAUUCCACUCAACAACGACUAUCUCUCAAAGCCGACGGUCGAGGGAGACAACUGGAUGAUCACCCAACAAACAGCCAGCUAUCUCAUCAAGCGCAUGACAGAAUCAGUCAAAGAUCCAUAUCCAACCGCAAAAGCAGGCGAGCCAAUUGACGGACAAUUCCGGUUGUACUUACAGAAUCAACAGGCCAGUAAGCGCUUCGACAUCUACAGCACCGAAAAAGAUAUUGUCCGAGCCUUUGAACAUCGUGUUUCUUUCCUGUCGCAUCAAGCCUACCAAGCACGAGUCGAGAAGAAACAGCCCUGGACCAGCCUCAUGAUCAGCUUACACCGUCUGGCUCGCGCCUUCUCAGAGUCUCUUCUCGUCGCCAACUUCCACAAGGCCAUCUUUGAGUCGGCACCGAAUCCGCCACUUGCUGAGCCAACUCAGAAUGUCAUGAAGGACCUCUUCCGUCUUUUUGCACUCUUCACGAUCGACGCUCAGUCUUCGGAAUUCAUCCUGUCUGGUGCGCUGCAGCCUGAACAACUACAUGAGUUGACUCCCACGAUCCAGAAGUUGAUGGAAGCUAUCCGUCCUCAUGCUGUGAGGUUGGUUGAUGCAUGGAGUAUACCUGACUAUCUGCUCGAGAGUGCGUUGGGACGCUACGAUGGUGAUGUCUAUAAUGCACUAUGGCAGAAAGCACAUUUGGAAAACCCGUUGAAUCUGCAGACGUUCAAUCCGGACUGGAAUACGGAGGAGAUAGUCAUGGGUGAGGGAGCUGACAAUGCAAGAGGGCGUAUUAAGAAGCUUGCACUGGGUGUCUACGGCCACGAGCAGCGUGCAGAUGCAAAAGCGAAGCUGUGA